AGCGAUCUCUGCGCUUCAGCGUUUUGUGGGUCAUGGAGGAGGAAGGUAAAUAAAAGGCAGGCGCUGAAAACACACAGCGGCUAGUUUCGGACGGUUACCGGGUAGGGUUUGAUGCCGAGGCUGAUUUUCUUCUAAUACGGUUGUGAAAUCAGUGGAAGCACCGGAGUGGAGUGGACCGACUCUCGUUUGGGCUACCAGCAGCAGCUGUCGGCGUUCUCAGGUGUUCUGAUUGGGUUACCCUCAUCCUUGAGUUGCCAUGGCGAUGCGGGAGUUGGUGGAGGCAGAAUGUGGUGGAUCCAAUCCCCUCAUGAAGCUGACCGGUCACAUGACCAAGGAAGGGGGGGCAUGGCGGCACCGUGCAACACCUACAAUUCCACCCGCUGCUAUAGAAAUUGCAACUGAAGAAGAGCUCGUAAAUGAGUUCCUUCAGGCCCCCCCUCGACCUCCACACACCUUUGACAUGGGUCAGCUGUUGGAGGAAAUGCAGCAGAUCGACCAGCAGAACUACAGACAAGCUCCACAGAGGGCUCCAGAUGUGGCAGCGUUGGCCCUCUCUGGUGAUUGGACGGCUGAGUUCCUCUCAGGUCCUGAUGCUGCCUCCGCUCCGGGCCUCAAUACUCUUGGCGAUGCAGCAGAUGCUGAUUGGACAAGAGAAUUUAUCGCUGAGGCUGCAGAUCCUGGACGCUGGGCAGAGGAAUAUUUGGAGCAGUCAGAGGAGAAGUUGUGGCUGGGAGAUCUGGGAGACAAGGACAAUGAAUGGACAAAGGAGUAUCAACCAGGAGAAGAACUGAGGCAGACAGCCAAUGAGCUUGUCUCAAAGGUUGAUGAUCCAAAGUUACAAAACACAGAGUUCCUUCGAUUCAUUAGGCAGAUUGGAGAGGGAAGUGUGACAGUGGAGAGCAGAACAGACAAACAGCUCACAGAUAAAGCUCAGGCCCAGGAGGCUCAGAACUGGGCCUCCAACCUCAACCAGUUCCUGACGGAGACAGGGGGAGGCAGUCUUCCCUUGGAACCCCCAGAGAGGGAUCCGAAGAUUGAGAAUGUUAAAGCUAAACAAGCACAGCAGUGGGCCAAGGUCAUCAGGCAGGUGUCUGAAGAUUCGGCAGAAGCCUGGGUAGAUGAGUUUGCCACAGCAGGACCGGAUUUCCAAGAAGCUAAAGCUGCAGUGGAGAGUGAUGUGGAUUUCUGGGAGAAGCUGCAGCAGGAGUGGGAGGAAAUGGCAAAGAGGGAUGCAGAGAGCCACCCCUGGCUGUCUGACUUCGAUCAGCUACUCAGCACUUCUUAUGACAAGGGUUAUCAGUUUGAAGAGGAAAACCCUUACCUAUCCCACCCAGACCCUCUCUCUGAGGGAGUGAAGAGGAUGGAGGCAGGGGACAUCCCUGGCGCUGUACGCUUUUUUGAAAGUGCGGUACAGAGAGAACCAGAAAACCAGCUGGCUUGGCAGUAUCUGGGAACAUGUCAGGCAGAGAAUGAGCAAGAAUUUGCUGCCAUCAGCGCCCUCCGUAGAUGUAUAGAGCUGAAGAAUGACAACCUGACAGCUCUGAUGGCGUUGGCUGUCAGUUUCACUAAUGAAUCGCUGCACAGGCAGGCCUGUGAGACUCUCCGGGAUUGGCUAAAGCACAACCCAAAAUAUCGCUCUGUGUGGGAGCAGAGUGAGGGCGAACGGCAACAGGAUGGCGCCAGAGAAAGGGACAAGGAGAGGGAGAGGUUCGGGUCACUGCUGCCAGAAUCAUUGUUUACUGAUGUCCAGUCCCUGUUCCUGCAUGCAGCCAACUCAGACCCGGCCCAGGUGGACCCCCAGCUGCAGUGUGGUCUGGGAGUUCUCUUCAACCUCAGCGGGGAGUACGACAAGGCGGUGGACUGUUUCAGCGCUGCUCUCUCUGUCACACCACAGGACUACCUGCUGUGGAAUAAGUUGGGUGCCACGCUCGCUAAUGGCAGCCGCUCAGAGGAGGCAGUUGCCGCCUACAGGAGAGCGCUGGAACUGCAGCCUGGGUUCGUUCGUAGCCGAUACAACUUGGGAAUCAGUUGUGUGAACCUAGGAGCACACAGAGAGGCGGUGGAGCACUUCCUCGAGGCUCUGUCUCUUCAGCGUCAGGCGUCCGAGGGCGGAGCGAGAGCUGCGAGGGGACCAGGAGGUGCAGCAGCCACCAUGAUGUCUGACAACAUCUGGUCCACUCUGCGCAUGGCUCUCAGCAUGAUGGGAGAGAGCUCUCUGUAUGCUGCUGCUGACCGACGGGACUUGGACACAUUGCUCGCUCACUUUUGUCAGAGAGAGGUGGAAGGUGGGACCGAAUGAGAACCAGCCAGGGGGGAGCUUAUCGAGUGUGAGUGUGUUGCACUGGGAGGAAAAUGUUUGGGUGACUGAAUUAAGCAGAGGGGAAUCAGUUAUGCAUAGAAAUGGAGGAGGAGGAAGACACUGUGAAUAAUCAACCAACCUUGAGAGGUCAUCUUGUGGUUAGUUUCCCUCAAAAGACUUAAAGUAUUGCAGUAUUAGUUUGUACCUGGGAGAUGCAGCCAACAGUAAUACAGUCAUGUUACUGUGUUCUACAUGUUUGACCGUCCUCGCCUUUCCUACUACUCUGUUGACCUGGAGAACUGGGUAUAAUGAAACGUCACUUUGAUUUUAAAUGUGUUCUCAAUGAUGGAGAAUGAUUGAUUUAAUUAUGGUUUCAGUUGAAGUUUAUGCUUUAUUAUGACACUCAAUGCCCUCACAGCCCGUGCUUAACAGCAGCUUGAACUGUACAGUCACUACAAUGGUGUAGACAUAAGGUACAGUAUUACUUUGACAUUGAAGGAGUACUGCUUUGUAUCAAAAGUGCCCGUAAGAGAAGGAUCAAACCGGUCCACAGAACAAACGCUAAUCAUCUUGGCUUCAGUGGCUUUUGUUUUCUUUUUUUUAUAAUCUUUAUUUAAUUUUAUAGUGAUCAUAUAUCAGCCAAGAUAAUGAACUGACAACCAGCGGGACUGUUACUAUUAGAAUAUGUUGUAUGUGUACAGUCUGUGUGUGUGAAUGUGUGCUUUUGGUUUGGAUGGAUGAUCAUAAUUGGAUGAUUAGUUCGUAUAAAUGUAAUCAUCAUUGAGAAUGGUUUCUCUGGGCUCCUCCCUCUCCUGCUCUUUUUCAUAUCAACCUUGUAAAACAAUUUGCUUCAUUGUAAAAUAAUGCUAUAUGCCAUAUUGUGUAUUGUAACAUAAUUGUUGCACUAUAAUUGUGUUCAGGCUAGUUAAAUCCUGACUGCAAUGUUUAAUAUAAUAUUCAGCAAUAAAGCUUUAAUUCCAAAAAAUC